GUCGCUGCCUCCCCCCCGGCGCUGCGGGCGCGGGGCGGCGGCAGCGGCGGUGCCGCCAUGGCGGAGGCGGCGGUGCAGUGCCGGGUCCAGUACCUGGAGGAUGCCGACCCCUUCGGCUGCGGCAGCUUCCCGGAGCCGCGCCGAGCCCCGGUUUACGCCGUGGCGGAGGCGCUGGCCCUGGGCGCGCAGCUGCCCGCGCUGCACCGGCUGCUCGGAGCGCCGCUGCCGCUGGAGGACUGCACGCUGCAGGUCUCCCCAUCCGGCCACUACCUGGACCUCGACCUGUCCCUGCUGGAGCAGAAGGAUGACCUGGAGGGUUUCUACGAGGAGGUCAGGAAGGGCCGGCGGCCGACGCUGAUCCUGCGCACCCAGCUCUCCGUCCGCGUCCACGCCAUCAUUGAGAAGCUGUACAACUCGCAGGGGCCGGAGCUGCGGCGUUCCCUCUUCUCCCUCAAGCAGCUCUUCCAGGAGGACAAGGACCUGGUGCCCGAGUUUGUGAACCUGGAUGGGCUGACGUGCCUGAUCAAAGUGGGGGCAGAGGCUGAUCAGAACUACCAGAACUACAUCCUCCGUGCCCUGAGCCAGAUCAUGCUCUUCAUGGACGGGAUGCAGGGUGUCAUCAACCACAACGAGACCGUCCAGUGGUUGUACACGCUGUCGGGAAGCCUGUUCCGCCUGGUGGUGAAGAUGGCGCUGAAGCUGCUGCUGGUGUUUGUGGAGUACACGGAGCCCAACGCCCUGCUCCUCAUCCGUGCCGUCAACGCUGUGGACCAGGCGAGAGGCGUGUGUCCAUGGUCCAACCUGAUGGCCAUCCUGCAGCAGCGCAAUGGGGCCGACACGGAGCUGCUGGUGUUCGCAAUGACCCUCAUCAACAAGACGCUGGCUGCCCUCCCGGACCAGGACUCCUUCUACGACGUGACGGACUGCCUGGAGCAGCAGGGCAUGGAGAGGGUGGUGCAGCAGUACCUGAGCAGCAAGGGCACCGACCUCGACCUCAAGCAGCAGUUCGUGCUCUACGAAAGCGCUCUCAAGCUGGAGGACGGGGUGGAGGAGCCGUCGCCGGGUGGGCGCAAGGAGAGGAGGAAGACAGAUGAGGGCCGGCGCGGGUGGCGUGCUCAGGGCAGCUGUGCCGAGCCCAGCCCUGACCCCCAGCCUGUGCUGGGGAGCCCCAGCACCCCAAAGGAGCCCCCCGUUGAGGAUAGCCCUGAGCCGAGCAUCCCAGCAGAGCCAUGCCCAAAGAGCACCUACAACAGCACGUCCAGCCUGCGGCUGUCUCUGCCAUGCACCUCGCCCGAGAAGGAGCAGUCCCCAGGCCCCGGGGAGAGGAGCGUGUACAAAGCUCGCUUCCUGGAGAACCUGGCUGCUGCCCAGAAGGAGAAGAUCUCCGCCAUGGCCAAGGGACGGCUCGACAUCCUCAGUGAUGUUGCUCCGGAGCAUCUCGUCGCUUGGGAUGGGGACAGCGGCACCCCUGAGCCCGGGACGGAGCCACCCAGCAUGAGGUCCCACACAGGCCGGCAGGACACCACCGACUCCUGCAGCGCCAUCUCCUCCGAUACCAAGUUCAUGCUGGACAUGCUCUACGCUAAGGGCUCCUCGGAGCUGGGGAGGCAGAAGGUCUUCCCCGAGGGGCUGUCGUCCUCCCCCUACCAGGGUGAGGAGGAGACGGGCACCAGGCAGGGCUGCGCUGAGGGACGCGGUGGUCGGGAGCAGGAGAGCACCUGGCUCCAUGGCAGGGCUCCGGACGGGCCGGUGGCCAGCGCCCACGCCAAGCUGGCACGUGCCGCGUCCAACAUCGACGCUGAGACCCACACGCAGAAGCUGGAGAAAACCAUGAUGAUGCCCAUCAAGAAGGACACGGAGCUAUCGUGGGAGCACCUUCAGGCCAGCCCCGUGCAGCUGAAGAUCAAGGACCUGGACUUCACUGACCUGGGGGAGGAGGAAGACUUUGACAUCUUGGACACGGGGCCCGUAGCCAAUGGCUCCUUCCUUCCUCCCGGCAUCCAGGCAGCGAGCGCUGGAGUUCUCAUGGUUCCCCCUCCACCUCCCAUGGUCCCUGGCUGCCCACCACCUCCCCCUCCACCUCCUAUGGUCCCUGGCUGCCCGCCACCUCCCCCUCCACCUCCUAUGGUCCCCGGCUGCCCACCCCCUCCAGGGCUCCCAGGCCCUUCGGCCACUGAUGGCCCUUCCCAAGCCAAGAAGAAGAGGACAGUGAAGCUCUUCUGGAAGGAGCUGAAGCAGCUAGAUGGCUCUGUGGGGCCAGGCAGGUUUGGGCAGGCGACGCUGUGGGCGUCCCUGCAAAGCGUUGAGGUCAACACUGCCAAACUGGAGCAUCUCUUCGAGUCCCGGGCGAAGGAGGUGCCGCCUUCCAAGAAAGCUACUGAUGGGAAGAAGGUGGUGGUGGUGCUGGACCCCAAGAGGAGCAACGCCAUCAACAUCGGUCUCACGGUGCUGCCGCCCGUCCACAUCAUCAAGACGGCCGUGCUCAACUUCGAUGAGUUUGCGGUCAAUAAGGAAGGGAUCGAGAAAAUCCUGACCAUGGUCCCAACUGAGGAGGAGAAGCAGAAGAUCCAGGAGGCCCAGCUGGCUAACCCUGAUGUGCCCUUGGGCUCUGCGGAGCAGUUCCUGCUCUCCCUGUCCUCCAUCAGCGACCUCACGGCCAGGCUCCAGCUCUGGGCCUUCAAGCUGGACUACGAGAGCCUGGAGCAGGAGAUAGCAGAGCCGCUGUUUGAUCUGAAAGUGGGCAUGGAGCAGCUGGCCAAAAAUCACACCUUCAAGUGCAUCCUGGCCACACUGCUGGCCAUGGGCAACUUCUUGAAUGGCUCCCAGAGCAGAGGCUUUGAACUGGGCUAUCUGGAGAAGGUCUCGGAAGUGAAGGACACGGUGCACCGGCAGUCCCUGCUCCACCACCUCUGCCAGAUGGUGGUGGAGAAGUUCCCAGAAACCACGGACCUCUACUCGGAGAUCGCCUCCAUCACGCGCUCCGCCAAGGUCGACUUUGACGAGCUGGCCAACAGCGUGGUGCAGCUGGAGCGGCGCUGCCGGGCCUCCUGGGACAACCUGAAGGUGAUCGCCAAGCAUGAGACCAAGCCGGUGCUGAAGAGCAAGCUGACGGACUUCCUCAAGGACAGCACGCAACGCAUCGUCGUCUUGAAGGUGGUCCACAGGCGCGUCCUCAACAGGUUUCACUCCUUCCUGCUGUACCUGGGGUACCCAGCCAGCGCCGUGCGGGACGUGAAGGUGAUGCCCAUCUGCAAGCUGCUGCGGGAGUUCGCCCUGGAGUACCGCACCUGCCGGGAGCGCGUCCUGCAGCAGCAGAAGAAGCGCGCCGCCCACCGGGAGCGCAACAAGACCCGCGGGCGGCUCAUCACUGAGACCGAGAAGUUCUCCGGCAUCGCCGAGGCCACCGCACCACCUGCUGUGGUGUCGGCCAGCCCCGAGCAGGAGGAGCAGGCGGAGGUGGGCCAUGAGAGCAUGAAGAGCGUCCUGAGCUUGCCCACAGACGUCCCUGCCCGACGCAGCCGGGCCAGCCGGGGUAGGAGCGGGCUGGGGACAGGACAGCAGAGCGGGGCAGCCCAUGGGGACACCCGGCUGGUGCCAGCAUCCUCAUACUCCCACGCAGGGACAGGGCACGUCACCCCAAGCCAAGGCUCCCCGGCCCAGGAGGACGUCCCCAGCUCACCUGAUGACGCCUCAGACGAGAUCAUGGACCGCCUGGUGAAGUCGGUGACGCAGAGUGCCAACCCCCGGCCCUGCGCCAACAAGGAGCGCAGGAGGUCCCGCGGCAACAGGAAGUCCCUGCGACGGACGCUGAAGAGCGGGCUGAGCGAGGACUUGGUGCAGGCGCUGGGCCUGGGGCGGGCGCCGGGCAUGGAGGUGUGACCUGACUGCCCCUGCAACCCGGGGGGGCCCUGCCACCCGCACCCCGCAGGGAAGGACGUGGGAAGCACACUGGCACGCUCAGCACCCUUGGUCUGGCGUCCGGCUCCAGAACAGGAUGGGAGUGAUGCCGUGAGGCUGCUCCGUGGGGGCCAGGAUGGAGGACAGGGAGAGUGUGAGUCGUGGAGGGGUCCGAGCAGUACGAGGGGACAGGGCCCCGGCCCCAGCCCCGGCCCAGACCCCCUCUGGGAACUGGGAUGGCCAGCAGCCACUGUGGCAAUAAAGUGUUGUGACGUGU